CCUGGGCCGGGCUGGCUGCUGGGAGUUGUGGUCCGCGCGGGAGAGCCGGAGCCGCCGCCGCCGCCGAAGAGCCACGCCGGCAGCGCCCUGAGCUCGGCAGCCGGGACGCCUCCGCUCCGCACCGCACCGCGCAGCAGGGCCAUUGAUAGGAGGAGCUCCGGCGCUUGGCUUGGCUGCAACGGUUGCUCCAUGAUUCAGCCUGAGGAUCUGGCGUGGGAGGAGGAUGCAGUUCUGGGGGCAAGGAGGAGCCCUCGGGCACGACGCUCCUGCCGGGCUAACGGUGGUGCCACAACAGUGAAUCUGCAGGGCAUGGCACACGACUGGCGUGAAUGCCCCGUGGGCAUGUGAUCACAAGACGGGUACUUUGCCUCUCCAGAAUGAGUCCCCCUGAACCCUUGCCAGGAAUGCCUCUGAGGUCAGCCACCACAGAUGCCCACUAAACACAGAGCCUCCCGGCCCAUGUCUCGCUGGGAAGACUGCCGCCAGUGCCCACAUGCCUGCCAUUCUCUCUCACCUGUGCUGAGCUGCAUGCUGUGAGAGCCUGCGGGCAAAUCGAGGACUGACUGACUGCCUCUUCCCCAGGAGCCGCUGCUUUUCUUCCCCAAGAUGUCUCUGGAAUGGCUGAUCUGCUGGAGUGGGUCACUUGACAGGCUGAGAGACUUCAUUGGCACAGGGAUCCAGUCUGUCCGGGACUGCAACACGGCUGCGCUCGGCACUGUAGCCUUUCUCCUCGCCAUGUUUGUGUGGUAUUGCUACCACAUUGGGCGAGAGCAGCCCCGCGCGUACGUCUCAGUGAACUCUCUCAUGCAGGGUGGCGACCUCAACAGCCUGCAGAACGGCUAUGCUCACUGCCAUUCGCCAGAGUGCAUGCGCUGCGCCCACAACGAUGGCCUGAACCAGAAACUGUACCACAAUCUGCAGGAGUACGCCAAGCGCUACUCCUGGUCGGGCAUGGGCCGCAUCCACAAGGGCAUCCGAGAACAAGGCCGCUACCUUUCCAGCCGCCCCUCCAUCCAGAAACCGGAAGUCUUCUUCUUGCCAGACCUGCCCACCACCCCGUACUUUUCUCGGGAGGCUCAGAAGCACGACGUGGAGCUCCUGGAGAGGAAUUUCCCAACCAUCCUGUGCGAGUUCGAAGCCCUGUACAAAGCCUUCUCCAACUGCAGCUUGCCCCAGGGCUGGAAGGUGAACAGCUCGCCCAGCGGGGAGUGGCUGACUUUCUUCCUGGUCAACCAGGGCAUGUGCGUGCCCCGGAACUGCCGGAAGUGCCCCCGGACGUACCGCUUGCUGGGCAGCCUCCGCACCUGUGUGGGCAACAACGUCUUUGGGAACGCCUGCAUCUCUGUGCUGACCCCCGGCACGGUCAUCGCCGAGCACUACGGCCCGACCAACAUCCGCAUCCGCUGCCACUUGGGUCUGAAGACACCCAGCAACUGCGAACUGGUGGUGGGAGGGGAGCCGCAGUGCUGGGCUGAAGGGCGGUGCCUGCUCUUCGAUGACUCCUUCCUGCACACGGCGUUUCACGGAGGUCCCCCCGACGAAGGUCCGCGCGUCAUCUUCAUGGUGGACCUCUGGCACCCCAACGUUGCCGCAGCCGAGCGCCAGGCCCUCGAUUUUAUUUUUGCUCCCGGACGAUGAUGCAAUUGCCCCGGCAGAGCAGGCGGAGGGGAGGCCCCUGAGGGGGAUGUCCACUUGCUACAGCCUCUCUGCGCAAAGCUUGCCCAUCCUGGUGCGUGUGUGCACGCGCACACACGCAGGGUGGGGUUUGCUCCUUGCACCCGUUUUUGAACAUGGGACUUUCCACCUUUGGUCAACCUGCCUUUCUGCCCAUCCUUUACUCGGGAGGGCGGGCGGCGGGCAGCCUUUCCCCACCCCCUUGACUCUGGGGUUAGACACAGUGCCACUGUUGUGUGUUAUGUUGCUAGCUGUGUUUUGCGGUGUCCAGAGCUUAGCCUCUCCCCCAGGUAUUGUUGAAUGUUGCUGUGUGAACUUUCCUUUGUGGUCCUCUUCAUAGACAAAGCAACGCCUCGGCCUGUGCAAAGGGAGCUCCGCCCCUUCACUCGAGGGGAAGAGGGGGCUGCAGUUGCAGGGGGCUCCCCCAGCUAGGGAGGGCAGUGGCACAGAGGGGGCACUUGGAGCCCCGGCUGCCUCAUUCUUCCAUCCGCUUCCACACACUUGGGGUGCAGGGCAAGGAGGGGGAGGGGCUGCACCAACACCUUUUCUCAAGCUUUGCAUCAGCCGCUUGCACCUUCUUUGAACCCGUUUCCUGCUCUUGUGUGUGUGUGUGGGGGGGGGGAAGCCAGCCUCUCCCCACUUGGCUGAGAUCAGGAGCAGAAUCCCCCCCCCCCGGGUCUGCCCUCUGGGCGAUGAGCAGCAGGGGAGGCGAAUGAGCUGGGCUGCAGGAAGCCACCAGGCCAAAUGCCUCCCAGCCUGGAAGUGUUUGCCGCCAGGAGGGUGGGCAGGUCAAGCAUCACCACCAGACCCACUUUCCACAUCAUGGUUUUGUGGCGGGAGAGAGACAAGGAAGCCACGCAUGCUUUGUUGCACCUCCAGCUGACCCGACAGCCAGAGGGAGUUUUUCAGGGAGGCAACAUGGCUUGGUAAAGCGUGUUAUGGCUUGGGGUCAUUUUUGUGCCAGUAAGAACCAAGGCAAGCAAAUAAACAAUU